AUGGCCGCCACAGCGGUGACGAGGGCUCACAACCGGGCUAUCGCAAAGGGCACAGAUCCAAAGGCGGCUACUUGCAGGGCAAAGUUGCAACGAGCGCGGUCUGCUUUGAACCGGCAGAUGGACCGGGAGCUGCGGUUACGCGAAGGCGCCGAGAACCUGUUGCGGGCCACCACCAAGGAUGGUGGUAGUAGCGAUAACAGUGGCAUCGUCGGUAGUGCCGGCGGCCGCAGGAAUAAGAGCAAAAGCAGAAAGCUCAUCAGGCAGACGGUGGCACUGGAGCUGAGUUUCCUAGAUUCCAACGUCCGAUUGCUGGCUGACGAGCUGGCCGAACUCAACGGUUCCGUUGACGUCUACCAGCACCGAGAUGACGACGAUGACGGCGAAGAUGAUUUUGAUGGUCCAGCCGUGGUAGGUGCUAGUGCGGACGGUUCAAUGGCGAAUCGACGGCGACUGCACCGGCAACGAUUAAUGCCCAUGAUUGCCGUGCCGUUGAAAGACACCAGGCCCAUAGAUUUUGGACCACCCCUCGAGAGGUUCAUCAGUCAACACUAUGGCGUGGAUUUGUCAGCGGCACCGGAAGAGACAAACGCUGGCCAAGGUGGUGUAGGGGACAAUGGAGACGACUGUGAUGGCAGUGGUGUCGCGGUGCGGCGGCGUUCGUUGUCGUUACGCGAAGCCAUCGACGAAUUGACUCAGCUCCGGGUGGAUACACAGACGCCUAGCAGAGACUUGGACGGCAUUCGACUUUUGCUAAGGUAUUACAGGCAGCUGUACUACGUUGAUCGCAGGUUUUUCCCACCAGCUUCGUUGGCGGUACCGGUGACGACAACGUCGAGACAUUAUCAACAACAUAAUCGCCAGCAGCAGGACCCCAAUUAUCGUCACGUUAAGCAACAACAGCAACUACAGUAUUCGCCCGCCGUCGGCUCGUCAUUGACGUCACCACCACCGGCCAUUUAUUUCGAGUGGUACGAUUCGUUUGGUGGUCCAGUGCCGUCGUGCGGACAACGCACCGUCCGCUUCGAGCAAGCGUGCGUACUGUUUAACGUGGCGGCGGUGCACACGCAAAUGGGCGCCAAGCACGACCGCCGUUGCAGAGACGACGCAGACGACGGCGACGACGACGACUACUGCAUGAGCAUUGGCUCGGGAAAGCGGGCCGGCUCAUCGUCGACCUCGACCGGACCUGAAGCGGCCGAUGGGGCCGCGGCCGCUGCGCAAUGCUUCCUGCGGGCCGCAGGUGCGUAUCGGCACAUCGGCGACACGUUCGCCAACGCGCCCGCCCGGGCCGCCGAUCUGCGCGCAACAGGCGUCCUAUAUGCAGUCAUGAUGGCUCAGGCUCAUGAAUGUGCUUUCGAGAAAUUACAAUGGCGCUUCUUGACGUCCGUUCGGCAUCGGUGUAGUCGUCAACGUCAUCGAGGCGACCAAGCCAAAGAAGCUGAGGCCGACGCAGAAGGACUUGGCAAUGGUGACCAUCGUAGCCGUGGUGACCGAGAUGCCGCAACAAGACGAACAUCGGCAUCGGGUGUCAGUGGUGGUAACGUUGGAGGGACGUGUGAGGUAACCGCAAAUACACCUUCGUGGACAGAGUUGGCUCGUGAAGCAGCCCACGUGUCGCGAAUGUACGGUGACGUGGUGUACAAUACCUGCAGCCGCCAGUCCAACGAAAGAGCCGCCAAUCGUGGUAAGGAAAACGGUGGCGAGCAUGGUGUAGCGGCGACACCGGUGUCCAUUUUGCCAGACGUCUGGGUGGCCGUGUGCCGGAUCAAAGACCGGCACUACGCGGCGCUGGCGUACCGUUACGCCGCGUGCGCCCUGCUCCCGUACCGUCGAUGCGGCACGGACGGACAGCCGGACAAGCACCACCAUAUGGGUGGUACCCGCCGUCGUGGCACCGUCGACUCGGACGCCAGUCAACUGCUGACGGAGCUGACGGCGGCUGCGGCGGCCGCGGGCCUUGGGGUGGCCGAUGACGACGACGACAAUGACGAGACGAGCUCAGUGGCGGUGCUGCAACGGCGGCGUCGCAAGCAACUCGGUAAGCUGUUGCUUGAGGCGGCGGCAGCGGCCCACGACCGAGCGGACCGUGCACUGCGCCUGUGUAGGCAGCUCCGGGUUAAAUCCGACGGGAAUACAUCGGGCAGCGGAGGUGGAGGGGGUUUGCUGGCCGGCGUGUUGGACCGAGAACGCCAGCGGACAGUAAGGUUGUUGUUAUCACACCUCCGUGACGAAGAAGAAGACGAAUACGCUACGGCCGAAGGUGGAGGCGGUGGAGGUGACAGCGAUCGCAGAGAUGGCCGCGCCGAGAAGAAUACUGGCCGUUGCUGGGAUUGCCACGACUGUUGCUCUGACGACGAGGGUGUCGAUGCUGCCGCGGUAGCGGAUUAUUGUUCGGGCGACCGAGAGGAGCUUACUGCUGCCGGGAUUGCUGGUGUACCUGGCCUGGACGUCGACCGUGGUGUGUUAAUCAGACCACGGACCAGAUUUCGAUUGAUGUCGAUUGCGCCCGACUUCACGGACACCGGUGACGGAGGCAACUACAACGAUGGCGACGUGGACUGCGGUGACGAAUACGACUUGGCCGGCGGCUCGGUGGUGACCAAACAACGUGCCGGUGGUGAUGAUCGACACCGACAGAAGAGGGAAGAACGACAGCACGAGGCAGCCGAUCGCGAGGAACGCAGAGCUGAUCUGUUCGCCGGGCUAGGGCCUGUGGCUGUGUUUUCGGCGCGUCACCAGUGUUCGAGGCCCCGGUGGGUGAAAAUCACCCGUGGUGGUGGCCGUCAUCGUUCCCCCGGCGGUGGCGACGAAGACGUAUGUGACGACGACAAAUCUGUUGCAUCCACGGAUCCGAUUCAGCUCGUGGACCGGUGGUUCGGGUUCGAGUUGCGCAGCCACGGCGGUGGCACAGCUGCGGCUGUCCCGCCGGCUACCGUAGGACACGUUAGGUCCAGUUCUCAGGCACAACACGUGGGCCUGAGACGUGGUGACAUAGUGGUGGCGUUGAAGCUAUGUGCUGGCGAUGGCGGAGGCGGCAGGGCGAUAGACGUCAGGUGGGAGACGUGCCGCAGGGUGGCCGAGUUUAUCGUUCACCAUCAUCAGAGGCGUCGGAAACCAAGUUCCGGGGAAGGAGCUGUCAUUCAGUUAAAAGUCGUUACGCCGAUCACUGCCUCGGCGGCGUCUGACGGCUACGUUGAUCCAAACAAGAUUUAUAAACGGAGGAGUACAAAUAUGGCGGUCUUAAAUUCAAAUUUACAUUCUGCUCCACCACUACCACCCAUGUUGUCACAGACCAACUCUAAACAACGUCGUCAACGACGACAGAACACAAAUGGUGGAAGCGAAGGAACCGAGAGUACUAAUAAAAAAAUCACAUGGUUAUGGAAUCCUUUCAGACGGCGGAGAAGAAGCGUAGUCGGCAAUAAGUGUUAA